CGAAGAAGUGAAGAAGGAGCUCCUCCUCGUUCCGACUGUUCGUCAAGCGUCGCUUGCUCGCCAAAAGUACUCCAAUGAGGUCGAGGCAGCCAUCAACGAAUAGAUCAGAUGCUGUGGAAUACAAUGUCUCCUAUGUGUAUCACGCCAUGUAUGCCUACUUUGACAGGGACAAUGUUGCUCUCAAAGGCCUUGCUAAGUUUUUCAAGGAAUCUAGUCAGGAAGAAAGGCAGCAUGCUGAGAAAUUUAUGGAAUAUCAGAAUAAAAGAGGAGGAAAAGUGAAGCUACAGUCUAUGCUCAUGCCCGUGUCUGACUUUGAUCACAUUGAGAAGGGAGAUGCAUUGUAUGCAAUGGAACUUGUGUUGUCCCUGGAAAAGUUAACAAAUGAGAAACUUCUGAAUUUACACAAGAUAGCUGAUCAGAACAACGAUGUGCAGCUAGUUGAUUUUAUUGAGAGCGAGUUCUUGGUAGAGCAGCUAAUUUUUUUUUCUGGAGUUAGGUUGAAGCCAUCAGAAUAUGUUGCUCAGCUGCGAAGGGUUGGCAAAGGCCACGGUGCUUGGCACUUCGACCAGAUGCUCCUUAAUGAUGUGGUUGCUGCAUGAUUUAGAAAUCCAGCCAUUGUUUGUUCGAUAUGUUUUCAAAUAUGAGCGUCAUGGAUUUGUUAGUUGGCAAAACUUAGCUCCAUCCUUGCAAUCAUUUUUAAGGUUGGAGCAUUAUAGUUGUUUGUUUGAGUGAAGUAUUUUGAUGUUAGACGGUUAUUGGCUGGCUUGUUUUUCUCCAAGAAGCUGAGCAAAAUUCAUGAGACUGUUUUAGCAAACUAAUUAUCUAUGAAAAAGUUUCUGCUGUGUGCUCUUGUGCUUGGAAAUCAAA